GUUAAAAACAUAUCACAUUUUGUCUCUUCACGUAUUUCUCUCUCUCACCUAUUCGUCGUUGCUCCUUCUUCUUCUUCUUCUCAUUCAUUGAAGUUUGCAUCCACAAUUAGAUAAACAAUAAUCCUCAAACCCCAUUUCAGGUGUGCUUUUCACUAGAUGUUUUACUUCAGGGUAGUUGAAAUUUAGCCAGGUGCUGCUUUAUUCCUUGACCAUUCCACAAGGUUUUUAAGAAGUUCAUCUUCUUCAGUAUUCUCUAGUGUCACUACUAAAACUAAGGAAUGCUGAAAGAUGUGCUUGAAAGUAAAAAAUUCCUUCUCUGAGAUUAAUGAGCUUGUAGCUCCACCUGAGCUAGCCUUUUUAAUUCUUGAUGAGAUUGGAUUUUUAUUCCACUGCCUAUAUCUAUUUUGUGCUCAUGUACCUGAGGUGGCUGGAAAUCCAAGCAGUUGUAUGAUGCCAAAAUGUGAUGUUUCUGAAGACGGUUGAGUGUUGAGCAUCUUUUCAAUAGUUUACAAAUUUCUGGUAACAUAAGUACCUGUACUUAGUAUAUUAUACUAUUGAAAGUAGCAUCAGUCGUACGCAACAAGUAUUACCAGAGAUGGAACGGAAGGGAAGUGUGCUUAUGCAGCGAUAUGAACUGGGGAAAUUAUUAGGCCAAGGAACCUUUGCAAAGGUCUACCAUGCUAGGAACCUUGUAACUGGCAUGAGUGUGGCCGUUAAGGUAAUUGAUAAAGAAAAGAUUUUGAAAGUUGGGAUGAUUGAUCAGAUUAAGCGUGAAAUUUCAGUGAUGAAAUUAGUCAGACAUCCACAUGUGGUUGAGCUUUAUGAGGUAAUGGCCAGUAAAACCAAAAUUUACUUUAUCAUGGAGUAUGCAAAAGGUGGCGAGCUCUUCGACAAGGUAGCCAAAGGAAAGCUCAAGGUGGAUGUUGCUAGGAAAUAUUUUCAGCAACUCAUUUGUGCAGUUGACUACUGCCACAGCAGGGGCGUGUCUCAUCGAGAUUUAAAACCUGAAAAUCUACUAUUGGAUGAAAAUGAGAAUUUGAAGGUUUCAGACUUUGGGUUGAGUGCCAUUGCUGAAUCUAAGUGCCAAGAUGGAUUACUCCACACUACAUGUGGUACCCCUGCCUAUGUUGCUCCAGAAGUGAUAAACAGAAAGGGUUAUGAUGGGAGCAAAGCUGAUAUAUGGUCAUGUGGGGUAAUCUUGUAUGUUCUAUUGGCUGGUUAUCUUCCAUUCCAGGAUUCAAAUCUGAUGGAGAUGUACAGGAAAAUAGGUAAAGGGGAAUUCAAAUUUCCUAAAUGGUUUUCACCCGAUGUUCGCCGGCUGUUGUCCAAAAUCUUGGAUCCAAACCCAAAUACCAGGAUAUCAAUGACCAAUAUCAUGAAAAAUUCUUGGUUUAGAACGGGGUUAGAGAAGCCUGUUAUUAUUGAAACCGAAAACAAAGGACUAGCUUCUCAGGAUGCUGAUGGAGCAUUUGAAGUUUGUGAGAAUAGUGGUCCUAUUGCAGAUUCAAAUCAAGAACAGGCUAAGCCUUCUAAUCUAAAUGCUUUUGAUAUCAUCUCCUUCUCAAUUGGUUUUGAUUUAUCUGGUUUGUUUGAGGACACUCUUCAUAAGAAAGAGAUGCGGUUUACUUCUAACAAGCCUGUCUCAGUUAUAAUCUCUAGGUUGGAAGAAAUUUGCAAGUGUCUUCACUUGAAAGUAAAGAAGAAAGAUGGAGGUUUGUUCAAGUUGGAAGGUUCCAAGGAAGGCAGGAAAGGGGCUUUGGGUAUUGAUGCUGAGAUUUUUGAGAUUACUCCACUCUUUCAUAUGGUGGAACUUAAGAAGUCUAAUGGGGAUACCUUGGAGUUCCAGAAGCUUCUGGAACAGGACAUUAGACCAGCACUUAAGGACAUUGUUUGGACCUGGCAAGGAGAACAACCACAGCAACUCCAACAUGAAGUAGUGCAGGAAGAGCAACAGCCUUCUCAUACUGUCCCUGCCCAGUUAGAGGCUGUACCACAGUGAACUUCAUAAACAAUAUUGCAUCACUAAGUUUUUGUAUGCCCUGUGCUUCUUUUUUCAUUUUCUUGGUCAAGUGCAUAAUUUGACAGUAGUCAUACAAUAAGGUGGCUAUAGUUAAGUCUCCUCCUCUCUGUAUGGAUACUUAAAAAGCUUGUACUCCUAAAUUGCAAAUUUUGACCAUUUGGGUUUUCUAUGU